GACGGUGAUUGCAGACGUAGAAUCAACAUGGCCGAAAGCGUGACAGUCCAGCCGGUUCUCAAUGAGACAAAUAAUGAUACUCUUGCAAAUGCAACAGCCAAAAUCCCGGCCACACCAGAGGGUAUGGCCGUUGCAUACACCAGCCUAUUUCUGAUGGCUAUUUUCCCGAUUUUUGUUGGUGCCUUCCGUUCUGUGAAACACCAUAAGGAGCAAAAGAUUUCAUUUCAGGAGUCUGGUGAGAAGCCAGAUACCAUGUCCAGUAAGGAUGCAGCAAUGUUUCCAAUCAUCGCAAGUUGCACUCUGCUAGGAAUCUACAUUGUAUUCCAGUUAUUCUCCAAAGAGUACAUAAACUUACUUCUAGCUGUGUAUUUCUUUUUCCUCGGGGUUCUGGCUUUGGCCCAUAUUGGAAGCCCUGUGGUGUCUAAGUUUAUCCCACCUUCAUUCCCCAACCUUGACUACCACCUCACAUUCACUCAAGGGAAGGGUGACAAGAAGGAAGAAAUUAUGAACUAUGAAUUUGACAGAAAGGAUCUAGUAUGUCUAGGACUGUGUAGUGCUGUUGGUAUCUGGUAUCUUGCCAAAAAGCAUUGGUUGGCCAACAACCUAUUUGGACUUGCCUUUGCUGUGAAUGGUGUGGAGCUCCUGUCCCUCAACAGAAUCAGCACUGGCUGCAUCCUCCUGGGAGGACUGUUUGUGUACGACAUAUUCUGGGUGUUUGGAACCAAUGUUAUGGUCACAGUUGCCAAGUCAUUUGAAGCGCCAAUCAAACUGGUGUUCCCUCAGGAUCUACUAGAGAAGGGCCUGGCUGCCAACAACUUCGCCAUGCUGGGCCUAGGGGACAUCGUCAUCCCAGGGAUAUACAUAGCUCUACUGUUACGCUUUGAUGUCAGCCUAAAGAAGAACUCUAAAGUCUACUUCUACGCUGGCUUCGUGGCCUACUGCCUGGGUCUUCUCACCACCAUCGUAGUCAUGCACUUCUUCAAACAUGCACAGCCUGCCCUACUAUACCUGGUGCCGGCCUGUGUGGGAGUACCCAUACUUGUUGCUUUAGUCAGAGGAGAGGUCAAGGAGCUGUUCAGUUAUGAAGAUCACUCAGAACAGAAAGAGGAAUCGGAAGGAGAGAAGAAAGAAGAGAAAAAGGCAGAAGUAAAGAAAGACAAGUGAUAGGAUGUACGGAUGGAAGUCUAAAUCAAACUGCCUGACUCCAGGGACUCAUUCAUGGACAACUCUGGUCAUACUAGGAUGCUGUAAAGAGGGGCCACUCUAGCAAACCUCUGUAUAUUUCUGCUAAUGUUUAUUUUUUUGUGUCUAAUAGAAAGACAAAAACAGGACAUCUUCAAAGGAGCUGUUAGCUUCUAGAAGGAAUGUUGAAUGUUUAUUUGCCUGACUGCUGUGAAGCAUUAAUUUGAUGAUGAUGUGGAUGUGGUUGGUGUGUGACCGUAACACCUCGGUGCUCUCAAAUAAGUUUUAAGGAUAACUUCAUUUUGUACUUUUAUCUGGAUUAAGAUAGGUCAUCAAUCGUUGCCAUAAUACUUUGACAAUAUUGUUAAGUUCAUUAGCAUAACACGUCAGAUUUAUUUUGUGAUAGUUAAUAAUGAAAAGUGCAUUUAGAAGCUCCCUUCAUGAUGUAAAGAAAAGUAGCUACAAACAAAUAAAUCUCUUGUAAAAGAAAUAAUAUCACUUUCAUUUCACCAUUACACAGGCUUUUGUUUUGAUAUUUUGUUUUCUGACCCUUGUUAACUUUCUCUCACGUUAUUUUUGUUUAUCAUGUCAUUUUGUAUGUGUGGCUUUUACGAGAGGAGGAAGUGUGGUCUGAUAGGACUUGAUCAGGAACACGAGGAUGUCACUAACAUGGGGAGAAAUGAAAGCAUGUUUAUCAUAUAUUGAUUGUCAUGACAUACUAAGAGUUUUGGUAAAGUAGUAUUCAUGCAAAUUAUGUAAUCUGGUAAAAGGGUUUCUCAUGUAUACAAUCAAUAAAACAAUGAUUGAUAAAUUUUCAUGUAAAUAGUUUGUGGUUGGGAUGUUAAAUGAUUCUGGACUAACAUUACUGUUUGAUAUUGAGCUAAGCAUAGUUGUGAGUGCAUGGUUGUAGGAACGAAUGUUUUGGGUGGGAUGACGUCCUUGAAGCAUGAUACAGCUGAAGGAUUUCUAAAUCACAGAUACAUGUAUUGUUCAAGUUGAAUGAUUUAUGUGUGCUACAAAUUGUAUUUCAGUUUGUGUGAACAGAGGUUCGUCUCCUCUUGCGCCGACCAGGCACUUUAGACAAGUAGCCAAUAGACUGCUUCCUGUUGGUUACAAUAACCUGUCUAUCUUGGGGUUUUCACAUGGGCUCCAUCAGUUGAGUAAUCUAUUCUGUUAUUUUAUGUUAAAUUAAUUUAAGCAUACCUGUAACAUCUUUUCCUUACAGAACAUUACAACGUGCCUUUAAACCAAAUAGUAUUUGAUACCAGAGCUUGUUUUGGCACAAUAAUCCACACAUUUCUAUGGUUUAUUCUUAUUUCCCCCCAUAAAACCCUAGUAGAACAGAUUGCUUCUUUCAUGCUUUGCUUUAUGAGUGCCAUAUUAUCAUGCCAAAAGAAAGUCUUAUUUUCUGGCUUUCAAGCAUUUCAUUUUGUCCCAAUAGUGUAAUAUUUUAUUCAUUUUCAAAUGAUACAUUUAUUAAAAUAGUUUGGAUGUAUGUGGUCAUGUUUGGGUUAGAUCGUUCUCAGUACUAUCUUGAUAGUAUAUUCACAAAGAUAUUGUUUAAUGCAGUGUAGAAAGGAUAUCACUGCUGUGAGUGUCGGAGGGCGUCGUUACGAGUGAUUGUUGAGUUACUUCCCUUGAACAUGUUGACAUCAUGGCACUGGAACUUAUCUUGAUCAGGUAGCUACAUUGCCGACAUUGCAUUAAUUAUUGUUCACUUACCUAAAGGAAGCCUUUCCAUAUAUCAUCUGGUGAAUACAGCCAUAUUACCAAAAUUGAUACUUACAUAAUCCUAGUGUUACCAUGGCUCCUUCCAUCUUAUUGAUCCUGUUUCCUGUCAAUACUUCAUGGGUUGUAUACACAACGUAUACACUCACAACCAACCGUGAAUACAUACACUCAUUUGCAGUGUAGUCGCUAUUUUCAACCAAUGAACCCCUGCCUGGUUCCAGCGGAGGGAAUCCCGCGAGUCCUCAGACCAAUGAGCGCUCAGCUUACGUCUCUCUCGUGCAGCAUGUGCCAUGGCCUUGCAACCUCUUCACAUUACUUCACUGUCAGGCAAGGGGUGGGAGGGAAACCUAGCUGUUAAAGCAUUCGUGCUCGUCUCGCCAAAGACCCGGGUUCGAUUCCCCACAUGGCUGCAAUAUGUGAAGCCUACUUCUGGUGUCCCCCACCGUGAUAUUGGUGGAAUAUAUAUAUUUUAUCUUAUUUUGACUCAUACUUAUUAGUCAUGUGUAUGAGUAUAAAUGAUAUUUUUACUCUAAAAAUACAUAUUGCUAAAAGCCACGUAAAACCUACCUCACUCACUCAUGUUUGGUCAAGGGUAGAUCGCACAAAAUACAUGUGCAAAGCAUAGGGCUUAUUUCAUGACCUGAGUGAAAUAUACGCCUAACUAUUACAUCACAUGUCAGCCAUAUGUAUUGGGGGAUGUAUACAAGCCUUAGAAGUGUUGACAGGGAAUUUCCAAAUUUGGUUGAAUUUCUCUCAGCAGAGUUUGAAUGAAUGGGCAGAUAGUAUUUUAAACAUUUUGAUAUGUAUUUAUUUUGCUUUGUGGAUAUAUUCAUGUUUAUUGAUUGAGGGUCAUUGUUGUUUCUGCGAUUUUCUGUUGUCUGGGAUUUAAGUCAUUUAUUGCAAAUGUUUUUUUGUUUACACUUAUAUCUGAUUAUGAAUAUCCUUUUGUCUUCAGAUAACUUUGAAACUACAGCAACAGUGUUUUUGUGUUUGUUGAAACCAUGUUGAUAAUUUAAUUAGGUUAGGGAAGUUGUUGUAUUACCUGAAAAUGAAGGACAAGAUUUCAAAUAAAGACAUUAUUUCUGAAAUAAAAAAUAUCUGUAACAGA